CUUCCGAUUCAAUAACCCUGCCACCCCCCCCCCCCAAAUUCUUUUUGCAGAUUUUGCGACCUGGCCCCGGGCUCGACAUUUUGAUCUUACUAUGAACUUCUUCUGGGCUUUGUGCCUGACCGGUAUUCUUCGCCGCGUGUCUGCAAGCGAAGACUGUGACUGCGGAUACGCAGCGAAGGUGGGUAAUUCUCGACAUGUCUUCACAGACCUCAUCGAGACGGACUUUGGCAAAGUAGCAAGCCUAUCAAGAAAUGCCGACUGGUUCAGCCCUGAGUUCAAUAGAACCGGUGAUCGCGUGAGGGGCCCGCUCGGCGAACAAUUCAGCCGCAACAACGUCGACACGGUGGUGGAAGGGUCUGGGUCUGACCAAGCCCCAGGGCUCCGAAUGUUUGUAAGAAACUCUACAGUUGACGGCAUGGUCCCUGUUGCCGAAGUCGACUCAACCCGUCAGGAGAUACAAUGGGGUUCCUUCCGCGUGAGUAUGCAGGUGCCGGAUGUAGCUGGUACAUGUGCUGCUUUCUUUUGGUAUCACAACGACACCCAGGAGAUUGACCUAGAAUUCCUCACCAAAGAGUUCGAUCCCGGAAACAACACGUUCCCUCUCAACCUCGUGGUUCACUCCCUAGAGUCUCAAGCAGAUGACUAUGACCCUGUCGAGGCGGGCAGUUUUGUCAAAGUCCAACUCCCGUUCAAUCCGACAACAGCAUUCCACGAGUACCGAUUUGACUACCUGCCCGGCAGAAUCAUCUUUUACGCAGAUGGCGACACGAUCGCUGAAAUGGAUGGGCCUGGCGUUCCCACAGCCGGAGGUCACUUAAUUCUGCAGCACUGGAGUAGCGGAAACCCGCUCUGGUCAGGAGGGCCUCCGACUGAAGAUGCGGUCCUCAACAUUCGUUAUGUCAAGGCCUACUUCAAUUCGUCGUCCGUGGAGCGGAGGGAGGAACUCGCACGAGGCUGCACGGAUUCCGCGACCCAAAACGUAUGCGACAUUCCCAACGAUGAGGACUUCUUCUUCAACGACCAGGAUAGUGAUGACCAGGGCGGUCAGAAUGGCGGAGACGACGGCGGGCCGGAAGAUAGCACCAACCAUCUAUAUCCAUUAUCGACGUGGGGCAUAUUGGCUGCCAGUCUGGCAGCAACAUUUUGCUACGUGUGAAUGACUGUCGUCACAGCAGGGAUGUCAUUGAAAUGGCGCAAUGGAGAGAUAAUAGGCAAUGUCGGGGUGGAUUGUCGUGAUGCACGUGGGACUUGGGCGUCUUGGAUGGUGUCCGUACGUACGUAAACGACUAAGGUGGCUGAGGUGUCGCAUGGGCACAGGAGCAUGCCUGACUAAGGGCUUCAGACCUCCGGGU